UUCCUAGUGGGGAAUGGAGUAGUUCGGCUGCAUCUUGUUGUGCAAUCAGAGACUACAUUUACUAUAUGCCAAUGGAUGGGAAACGAGAUGAUAUUUUGGAGGGCGAGUGCCCCAAUGGUAGAAUCUACAACAACGCCACCCUCGAUGAUGGCCAGGUUGACCAAGGAAUAUAUUUAGAUGGAAUUGAUCAAUGGGUUGAUCUUGGAAAUCACAGACACGAAUGUUUUGGUGAUUUAGAGCUUUGUCCAAAUGGUUAUACACUUUCUAUGUGGCUUUACAUCGGACCAAAGGUGGCCAAUGAGAUGUAUUAUUUCUCCAGCGGUGGACAGACGGGAUCUUCGUUUGGAGUAGCCCUAUUUUGGUUAGCGGGAAAUUUAGGUUCGUGGUUUAGCACCAGGACUGAAAUUUGGAAAGUGAGCUAUCCUGGGGCGACACUGAGAGAGCAAUGGCGGCACAUUGUGCUCACGUGGAAACAAGAUGAAGGGCUCAAGUUAUGGAUAGACUGUGUAAACGUUGAAUCGGAUACAAUGUCAGAGACACGGAAUGUACCAAACACCCCAUGGAACAACGUUGUGUUAGGGAGACCGAACAAAAACUUUGCAAAAUUCGGAGAGGCUAUCAUCGAUGAACUUAUCUUCUGGGAUAAGAAACUACCAGAUGAGAGGAUCGAGGACCUCUGCGUGGCCUAUGACGCCGACCCAAAUUCAACUCUUAGUUGCCCUACGAUUUUGCCUUUUGUUUUGUAG